CGGAUGUCGGGCGAGCCGCGUCACCUGCGUCCGACAAGGCGCACAAGAAACACACCAAGAAGCGCCCUAAGUCCGCAGACGUUUUCCGCAACGGCAGCAAGUCUCCUGAGGGCGGCGCUGAGUCGCCGCCGGCCAGGAGCAAUAAACCGAAGCGGGAGUCGAAGGCCAAGAAAAGUGACGCAACCUCGGGGCCGCCACCGUCGUCUCGCCCCAGCAGCCCGUUGGAGCUUUCCCAAGCGCCUCUGGCUUCCGUUGGAAAAGGGGCUGCUCCCGCGGAGGCGCUUCCGGCUGCGCCUCCUCCUGGUGCUCCUGAAGCACCUAAACCUGCAGACCUCACCACACACCCACCGGCACGAGAUGUCCCGGCGCUUCGCGGGUUUGACAACACCCUUGCAGCGGCCGACCAGGGGAAACCGAAGAUCUCACGAUAACCGUUUCUUCUCUGCCCGCCUCUACCGCAGCGCCAUCCUUCCGAUGAUUGGCAGCGUGGUGAUCAUCUGUCUCAUGCUGGUCGUCGUCAUCAGUAUGCUUGUGUCGAGCCGCAGGCGUGCCAGGGCUGCUGGCACGGACGCCGCCAAGCCAACCGCCGUUUUCGGUGAUGACGGGGAGGUGACGGCUACAUCGGCCACAACGAACAAUGUCACAAUGCCUAAUGUCACAAUGACGGGCACGACAGGCACCGAGAACACCACGAGCAGCCAUAGUCGGGGCCUGGUGGUAGAAUAG